AUGUCCACCCCCGACCCACCUACAUGGGCCCCACCCAACGAUGUAGAAGAAUUCAAGCGGCAGUAUGAGGUCGACGCUGCCGACUUAUUUAACAACAUCGCCAUCCUUGUCCAGCGCAUCCGCCUCCAGAGGGAUACCUUUAGUACACAACUCGCCACCGCCAAUGAAACCAUUGACAACCUUGAGGAGCAGGUAACCCAGCUCAACCUCGACCUCAAUGUCGCUUGCGCUGCCCCCGCCCCUGCCGCCUCUGCCCCCGUUGCCGCUGCUCCCCCACCCACUACUGUCCCCGCCUUCAGGUCUGAAAAGUUCCCAGACCCUGAAAAAUUCGACGGCACCCCAAAAGUUAUCUAUGCCGUCAGCUGCUUGGAAGGAAGGGCCCUUGACCAGGUCGUUCCACUUGUUAACGCUAACCCUGCUGCCCCCUUCUCCUCCGUCACUGCCUUAGUCACCCACCUGGAAGCCUCGUUUGGAGACCCAGACCCCCGGGGUACCGCCCGUCGCCAACUCAUCGCCCUGAAGCAAGGCAAAGGGGACUUCGCCACCUAUUACUCACAGUUCCUCCGUAUUGUAGCCUACCUAGACUACAACGAAGGAGCCAAGAUCGAUGCCCUGGCCGGAGGACUGUCGGAAGACCUGAAGGAUGCUAUGACAUACCGGACAGGCAGGCCUAACACGGUAGAGGCAUACGCUACCAUGUUAAUGACAAUCGACAACCAGGUUCGGGGCCGUAAAGCUGAACAAAGGGCCAUCCGCCUCGCCCCAAUGGACCUCUCCGCCCUCCAGGUCCGUUCCGCUCAACGCCCUGCCGCCGAACAAAGAUACACCUUUGUUAAUGGAAAACGCAAAACCUCUGCCGCCGAGAAAUAA